CAAUGAGAACAUUUACUGUAAUAAAAUGAUUAAAGUACGUAGGAGAUAGAUUUCAAUUUAACAAAAUCUGUUUCCAUAAUUAAAAUGAAAUUAGAUAUAUGUUAUAUAUAAUAGUAUCGAGUUUUAUAUGGGAAUACCUGCAGAAUUCGUUAUGAUAAUAUUCACUUUCUGUGUGUUUGUUCUUCUUCUGGUUGGAUGUAAAGCAGAUGAAUGCAGCUACCCAUACCGCCGAGUUGGUAAAGGAUGCUAUCUUAUACAGAAAGAUAAUAUAUCCGGGGAUGACGCUUUUGCUAAAUGCUUACGACGAGGCACACAUCUGGCGACCUUUGAAACCCUAAAUGAAGCCAUGUUAAUGAAGUAUGAAUUAUUGAAAAUGAACACAGGUAUACAUUACUAUGUCGGCGGACGUAACAUCAAUAGAUAUAAACCUGGUGGAGAUUGGAGAUGGAUCAAAAAGAAUGGAGACAUGAUCAAGAUGACUUACUUUGCUUUUGAUAGAGGAGAACCUAAUGGAUCACUUAGUUCGGCGGAAGAUUGCAUGUUUUUCUUUGCUAUUAGGGGAUACAGAUUCCACGAUGUUUGGUGUGCAAUGGGUGGUUUACUCGGAGGCUAUAUUUGCGAGAAAUAAAUUGAUA